AUGCUCAAUCGUUGGAAAGGAGCUCUCAUUGGGAUCCUCCUCAUAGAGUCCCUUGGCUCAGCUAUUGCUUUGCCUCCCCGAGUCAUUCUGCCCAGGUCGGAUCAACUUGCCUCUACUGACCAUCACAUUGAGCAACGAGAGAAUCUGGCUCCCUAUGCUGGACUCUUCAUUCGAGAUGACGACGACGAUGGCCCCUUGACGCCCCUCAAUGGGCCAAACCGGCUUGAUACCAAUACACUGGCGCCGGGUCCUCCUCCUCAGGUGGAUGAUGACGAUGAUGAUGACGACCAGCGUCGUCCUCAACAGACUCCUUCGCCACUAACCAAUCCGCCACCUGCAAUGGCCAUGGAGGAAGAGGAUGACGAUGACAUGGAUGACUGA